UCUAUGUUUCUUAUUAACCGUAUACAAUAAUCCAUACAGUCCUGCAUCUGUCUCAUUCACACGCUGCUCCUUGUGGUUCUUAUUCCUCUGGCACAGUAAGUGUCCACUCCAGAAACGACUCUUUAGGGCCCUUUUCGCCCUUAUCAUCUUCCUUUCUCUAACUCCCCCUAGUGCCUAGAAAGCACAUCAUUCGCUCGUGUGAAUCUUAGCUAAGCUAUAAGAGUGAGAGAGGGAGGGAGGGAGAGAGGGAGAGUGACAAAGGGGAGGAGGCAAGGGAAAGUGUGAAGCCCCUCCUCUGGAUGACAUCAGCACCAGGGCUGAGGCUGAGCUGGAGGCAGAUGUAACUUCACACUUAUAGUGAGCUCCAGGCAGCUGAGCAGACCUGCUGAAUCCUCUCAACCUCUCUCUCUCUCUCUCUCUCUCCCUCUCUCUCUCACUCUCUCCAUUUGCCAAGGAGUGUGUGUAUGUGUGUGUAUAUGUGUGCGUUCUCGUGUGAAUACAUGUGCGGACACAAUAACACACCAACACAGCUCUCUGUUCUGCGACUUCUGGGCUUAUUUCUUUGGAUUUCUAAGACGUUGGAUAUAUACACUGUGGACUGACUCGUUUAUUGUUGGAGGAUAUUUCUUUAAGUUUCACAAUUUUUUGCAUUAAUGCUUUGCAGGAUCUUCCCUGAGGUUAUGACCAGCAUGAACUGCCGCCUGACUGCGUGAGGUCACGCUCCUAAGGAGAGCGAAGGGGCACAAGAUGCUUUCACAGCACAGGAGAGAGUGAGCAAACCUCUUUCACCGUAGAGCCACCAGGCUGGAUACGUUCUUCAUGCUCCUGCCACGAGAGGAGGAACACGAUUUGGGGGUAACUCUAACAGAGAACAAGAGCCUCCUCGGAUUUCAGCCUGCCUUUACCUGCAGGCUAAGUGGGCUCUGGGCUCUUGAUGUCAUGUCCAUUCUACCGAAGGACAUACCGGAACCCUACAAAGGAAUCUCCCAGACUCACAAAAGGGUCUAAUUAGGGGUCCUAACCACUGCGCCGUGAAGUAAAAGGAUUCUUCACGCACUGGACUCCCUCUGUAUCUUUUUUUCUUUUUUUCCCCAUUUUUUUUAAAUUAUCUGAAUUGCAUGCCUGCAUUAGUGCACUAGAGGUCUGUUUUGAAGCAGAGGAGUUUUCUUUAGAGGUUUAUCUACUACAAAACCUUUGAUGGCAUGAACUGUAGACACUGCGGUACAAGGCAGGAGGUCGGCAGUACAAACAAGGAUCAGCUGGAUCAGGAUAUAACCAAAGAAGACUCUUCGGACAGUGCAGAGAAGAAAGGGGGAGUUUAAAGCAUCACUGUUUUUUGGGUGAAAGAAGAGGAUUAACUGGCUCCUCUAAAUCAGGGAGGACAAACAAACUGAGAACAUUAAUAAUGGCGUGCCAGUACAAGUCCUUCUUCGUCUUCUUCAUCAGAGCUGGGGUUCUCUUGGGUCUGGCCAAUCCACUGGUGACCUCAGCCUCCUGUCCAUCACAGUGCCGGUGUGAUGGGACAUUCAUCUACUGCAAUGACCGGGAGCUUACUUCUAUUCCUACAGGAAUCCCACAGGAUGCCACCGUCCUCUUCCUACAGAACAACAGAAUUAAGAGCGCAGGCAUCCCUGCUGACCUACGGAGACUCAACAAUGUGGAGAAGAUCUACCUAUAUUGCAACAACUUGGAUGAGUUUCCUACCAACCUUCCUGUGAAUGUCAAGGAGCUCCAUCUUCAGGAAAACAACAUCCGGACUAUCACCCAUGCCUCAUUGGCACAAAUUCCCUUCAUUGAGGAAUUACACUUGGACGACAAUUCUGUGUCCGCUGUCAGUAUAGAGGAGGGAGCGUUCCGAGACAGCAACCAUCUGAGGUUACUCUUCCUUUCACGCAAUCAUCUGAGCACCAUUCCCUCUGGUCUACCCAUGACCAUUGAGGAGCUUCGCUUUGAUGACAACCGCAUCUCCUCCAUUUCUGAGGCAUCCCUGCAAGAUCUGAUCAAUCUAAAACGUCUGGUGCUGGAUGGCAAUCUCUUGAACAACCGGGGUAUUGGGGAAAUGGCCUUUGUUAAUUUGGUCAACCUGACUGAGCUUUCACUGGUGCGUAACUCCCUCACAUCGCCACCCGCCAACCUGCCGGGCACCAGCCUUGAGAAAUUACAGCUGCAGGACAACCACAUAGACAGGGUACCGGUAGGUGCCUUUGCUUUCCUACGCCAGCUGUACCGCCUGGAUCUGUCUGGCAACAAAUUGAGCAGCCUGCCCAUGGGGGUUUUUGAUGACCUAGAUAACCUUACCCAUCUGCUGCUGCGCAACAACCCAUGGUACUGCAACUGCAGAAUGAAGUGGGUCCGAGACUGGCUGCGCUUGUUGCCCUCUAAGGUCAAUGUGCGUGGCUUUAUGUGCCAAGGUCCUGAUAAGGUCAAAGGAAUGGCUAUUAAGGAUCUAUCCACAGAGCUCUUUGAUUGUUCUGAAACAGAAGUCUCUCCAACAUAUGAGACGAGCACAGUCUCCAUCACGCUGCCACCAUCUCGUCCCCAAUGGCCACUUUAUGUGACUAAAAGACCAGUGAUUAAGGGGCCAGACUUUGGAAAGAACUAUCGCAGUACUACGCCACCAAGUCAUAAGAUUAUCACAAUAAGUGUUAAAUCCAGUACUCCAGACACGGUGCACAUAUCCUGGAGGGUAUCACAGCCAAUGACUGCCCUGCGGCUCAGCUGGUUAAAACUGGGCCACAGCCCUGCAUUUGGGUCCAUCACCGAGACCAUUGUGCAAGGGGAUAGGACGGAGUACUUGCUUACAGCUCUGGAGCCAGAAUCCUCCUAUCGGAUAUGCAUGGUUCCUAUGGAGACCAGUAAUAUUUACUUGUCAGAUGAGACACCUGUUUGCAUAGAGACAGAAACAGGCUCCUUAAAAGCAUACAACCCCACUACAACCUUAAAUAGGGAGCAGGAGAAGGAGCCUUACAAAAAUUCUAGUCUGCCUUUAGCUGCGAUUAUAGGAGGAGCCGUGGCACUUUCGGCCAUCAUAAUGCUGGCACUAGUGUGCUGGUACGUCCACAGGAAUAGUUCUUUGUUUUCCAGGAAUUGCACAUACAAUAAAGGGCGCAGGAGGAAGGAUGACUAUGCGGAGGCUGGUACAAAGAAGGACAACUCCAUCUUGGAGAUUAGAGAGACUUCUUUUCAAAUGAUACCCAUAAAUCACAUGCCAGUGUCCAAGGAAGAGUUUGUGAUACACACAAUUUUUCCUCCUAAUGGUUUAAACCUUUACAAGAGUCCACACAGUGAAAACAGUAUCAACAACAGAAGCUACAGAGACAGUGGAAUACCAGAUUCAGACCACUCCCAUUCAUGAUAAUGUGUGCAGAUUUAAAAGACGUUUUAUUACGAGUGACUGACAUCAGGACUGCCCGGUCUUUUACAAAACACUGGAUUGAAAAGACUGAGAAAGCAAUGUUCUGUACAUUUGCCAUAUAAUUUAUAUUUAAGGACAGUUUAUUAAAAGGAACAAGGCUACAAUUGCAGGCCAUCACUGAGUCCUCAGUGUGUGCUGUCAACAACUGCAAUUAUAUAUUUUAGAGGUUUGUAGUAAUUUGUACUGUACAUCCUUUGCUUAAGGUUUCAGACCAAUUAAAAAAAGUCUUUGUGCUUGACUGAGA